ACAGGGCCCUUCCUCCGCUCGCCAGCCAGUCACCCUGCGCCCGGCCCGGGGGGAGCCCGGAUGCGAGCCCGGGCCCUGGGGGCGGCUCUGCGCUCGGGCAGGCGGGGGGCGUCGCGCUCCCCCUCCCCGGGCAGCGCCGGCCGCAGCGAUUAUCCCGAUUCUUCCCCCGCUGUGACCUCCCGGAUGGAGAGAGGGGAAGAGCCGAGCGUCCCGGAUCUCCAGGGCUCCGAGGAAAGGGAGAUCUCAGGAGCGGAGCGGACGUCGCCGGAGGACAAACCUCCCCAGGAUCCCAAGCUCGCCGGCCCCGAGUGGCCGUGGGAGAACCUUUCCUGGACCCAAGCGGGCCGCCCGCCCCGCCUCGAGCCCCCGUCCUCCUCGGCCCGGCCCCCUGCCCCGCCGCAGCGCAAGGGCGAGCGCCCCUACAUCUGCAACGAGUGCGGGAAGAGCUUCACCCAGUGGUCCAAGCUGGUGCGGCACCAGCGCAUCCACACGGGCGAGCGGCCCAACACCUGCACCGAGUGCGGGAAGAGCUUCACCCAGAGCUCCCACCUGGUCCAGCACCAGCGCACCCACACCGGCGAGAAGCCCUACCGCUGCUCCGAGUGCGGCAAGAGCUUCAGCUGGAGCUCCAACCUCAUCCAGCACCAGCGCACCCACACCGGCGAGAAGCCCUACCAGUGCGGGGAGUGCGGCAAAGCCUUCAGCCAGAGCACCAACCUCAUCAAGCACCAGCGCUCCCACACCGGCGAGAAGCCCUACCAGUGCGGCGACUGCAAGAAGAGCUUCUACCGCAGCUCCGACCUCAUCCAGCACCAGAUCACCCACACCGGCGAGCGGCCCUUCAAGUGCGCCCAGUGCGGCAAAGGCUUCACCCAGAGCGCCAACCUGGUCAAGCACCAGAAGAUCCACGCCGGGGAGAAGCCCUUCCGGUGCACCGAGUGCGGGAAGACGUUCAUCCAGAGCUCGGAGCUCAUCCAGCACCAGCGCACCCACACCGGCGAGAAGCCCUACGAAUGCCUGCAGUGCGGGAAGAGCUUCGGGCACAGCGCCACGCUGGUCAAGCACCAGCGGCUGCACAUGGGGGUGGAGCCCUACAAGUGCCCCACCUGCCACAAGACCUUCGGGCUCAGCUCGGCCCUGGCCCGCCACCAGCGCUGCCACACCGAGGAGCGGCCCUACGCCUGCGCCGAGUGCGGGCAGAGCUUUAGCCUCAGCUCCAACCUCACGCUGCACAUGCGGAUCCACCGGGGCGAGAAGCCCUACCGAUGCGGGGAGUGCGGGAAGAGCUUCGGCAUGAGCUCCACCCUGAUCCGCCACCAGCGGAUCCACACCGGCGAGAAGCCCUACCAGUGCGCCGAGUGCGGGAAGAGCUUCGUCCGCAGCUCCCACCUCAUCCAGCACCGCCGCACCCACACCGGCGAGAAGCCCUACCGCUGCGGGGAGUGCGGCAAAGCCUUCAGCCAGAGCUCCAACCUCAUCACCCACGAGCGCAUCCACAUGGAGGAGCGGCCCCACGUGUGCCACGAGUGCGGCCAGCGCUUCGCCGAGGAGGAGGCCCUGCAGCGGCACCAGGAGGAAGGGCAUAGCGGCGGGGCGGGAGGCAGGGGGCUCGGGGAGAGCCGGGAGGCUUGCAUCUGCAACGAUUGCGGGAAAAGCUUUGGCGAUAGCUCAGCACUGGCCAAGCACCAGGAGGUCCAUUCAUCUUGCAUCUGCAACGAUUGUGGGCAAAGCUUUGGAGAUAGCUCAGCGUUGGCCAAGCACCAGGAGAUCCAUUCAUCUUGCAUCUGCGACGAUUGUGGGCAAAGCUUUGGAGAUAGCUCAGCGUUGGCCAAGCACCAGAUAACCCAUGUGUCUUGCAUCUGUAACGACUGUGGGGAAAGCUUUGGCGAUAGCUCAGCGUUGGCCAAGCACCAGGAGAUCCAUUCAUCUUGCAUCUGCGAUGAUUGUGGGCAAAGCUUUGGAGAUAGCUCAGCGUUGGCCAAGCACCAGAUAACCCAUGUGUCUUGCAUCUGUAACGACUGCGGGGAAAGCUUUGGCGAUAGCUCAGCGUUGGCCAAGCACCAGGAGAUCCAUUCAUCUUGUAUCUGCGAUGAUUGUGGGCAAAGCUUUGGAGAUAGCUUAGCAUUGGCCAAGCACCAGAUAACCCAUGUGUCUUGCAUCUGUAACGACUGCGGGGAAAGCUUUGGCGAUAGCUCAGCGCUGGCCAAGCACCAGGAGAUCCAUUCAUCUUGCACCUGCGACGAUUGUGGGCAAAGCUUUGGAGAUAGCGUCGCGCUGGCCGAGCACCGGGAGAUCCAUGCCCCAUGCAUCUGCCCGGAGUGCGGGCAGAGCUGUAAGGACAGUGCUGCCCUGACCCGGCACCAGAUCACCCACAUGCGUGAAAAGCUUUACAAGUGCCCCGACUGCGGGCAAAGCUUUGGCGACAUCUCUGCCCUCACUCAGCACCAGAGGAACCACAUCAGGGAGAAGCUGAGGUGCCCCGACUGCGGGCAGGGGCUCGGGGUGAGCUCGGCUCCGGCCCCGGCCAAGCCCUUCCACGAGUGCUCGGCGGCCGGUGCCCACGAAAGAAGCCACGCCGAGGGGGAGCCCGUCCGUGACAGCUCAGAGCUUGGUGUCCACGAAAAAGGCCACCCCAGGGUGGAACCGUCCCACGCGGCUCCGGGCGUCCACCAAAGAGGCCGGGCCGCGGCAGAUCCCUUCCCCGACGGCUCAGCCAGCGGCGGCCGCCCUGGCUCGGGCGAAAUGGCCAGCCUCAUCCAGCGCCCGGCCACCGAACCCUACAAAUGCCACGACUGCGGCCGGAGCUUUGCCGAGGGCUCGGGUCUCUCCCGCCACCUGGCCUCCCACCCCAAGCCCUUCCGGUGCCCGCAGUGUGGGCGCGGCUUCCCGGACGCGGCAGCCCUGGCCCAGCACCGGGAGGUCCACGCUGGAGGGGAGCCGGCCGGGUCCGGGGAGAAGAGCCGCAAGAGCUGUGCCGAGAUCUCCGCCAUCCUCUUGCGCCAGGGAAACCACGUGGCCGGGCGUGGCCCACGGAGGCACGCGGCAGACGGCUCCCUUCCUCCCGGCGGCUCGGCCCUGGCUCGGCCACGCCUCCAGCCCUCGGGCCGCAGCCCGGCCACGGCCGCCCGCCGGGACGGGAGGAUGUCUCUGGCGCGUCCGGAAUGUGGCAAAGGCUCCCAGGGGGGCUCCGUGCUCCUACAACACCUCCAGAACCACGUGGGGGACAGGGUGUGAGGCCCCCGAGGCCACCCGGCCACUCGGUUACACGUGUCUUUCAUCUCCCGGCCCGGGAGGAACUCAGCUGGGAACCUUCCCUCGAACUGCAGCGGCUGGGAUUUGAGAGCUGAUCCAGGGAUUGUUUUCGCCCCAUGCUCUGCUUAGCCAGGGGAACUACCUGCAACUACAUAACAGCAGAGCCUAGAAUUAAAAAUAAACUAAACUAAGGAUGUAACAUCGGAGGAUAAUGCGGGCAUUCAAAGGUGUGACUGUCAAUAGGACUUUUGGAAUAACUAGUGCUGGGAGACGUUUUUCGGCCAAAAGUUUUUUGGGGGUGAAACGUGCAGAUGCCGUGAAGCCGUUUGCAGUUCCUUGUCCGUUUCAGCGGAUGGUUUUGGUUGGAAAAACCCCUAAAAUCAGUCCCGAAAAAGGGAAAAUGUUUCAGAGUUCUGAUUGCAAAUGGCGGCUUGUUUCAAAACCUCCCUUGGUUUGAUUGAAAUGACAACUCAAAAGCGUUAAAAAACGACAAAAAGCCAAGGCUCAGAAGCAAAACAAAACAUUUUGUCUGACCCCAGAUGGGAUUUUUUUCAACUUUUGAUUUGCCGAAAAUUUCAUAAACAUUCAAUUUUGACCCAAAACCUGCAUUUUUGUUCCCCUCCAAUUUUUCAGACCUGCCACGGAACCGAAAACUCCAUUAUUCACCCAAAAUAAGCAAUAGUCGGAGGCGAGGGGAGGGAAAUGAAACCCACCCUACUCUGGGGUCUGACCUCUUGGGGCUUGAGUGGGAUCUUCCUUUCCCUGGGAGCAAGUUACUCCAGAACUGUCCAGCGGGGGGCGAGAGGGUUGAUCUGCCUUUCUCUGAAGCAGCUGGGACGGUCACUGGUAGAGGUGGGAUACCCGGGUAGAUGGGCC